AUGCUCCACAACCCCGCAGCAGCUGCGGCCGCCAUGGAGGAGCAGCUGCGGCAGCAGCAGCUCCGGGUCCUGCUCAAUGCCUCCUCCAGGCCCUUCCCCAGCAGCAGCAGCAGCAUCUGGCCGUCCAACGCCUCUGCCUCGGAGCCGGUCACGGCGGCGGCGGCGGGAGGCGGCGGCGGAGCGGUCAGCCCCUGGGACAUCGCCCUGUGCGCCACGGGCACGGCGGUGGCCUGCGAGAACGCGCUGGUGCUGGCCGUGCUCUUCUACACGCCCAGCCUGCGCGCCCCCAUGUUCCUGCUCAUCGGCAGCCUGGCGCUGGCCGACCUGCUGGCCGGCUUGGGGCUCGUGGUCAACUUCACCGUGCAGUACCUGCUGCAGCCGCCGCACGCGGCCGUGGCGCUCAGCGCGGCCGGGCUGCUGCUCACCGCCUUCUCCGCCUCGCUCUGCAGCCUGCUGGCCAUCACCAUCGACCGCUACCUGUCGCUGUACAACGCGCUGACCUACCACACGGAGCGCACGCGGACCGUCACCGGCGCCCUGCUGCUGCUCCUGUGGCUGCUGUGCCUGGGCGUGGGGCUGCUGCCCCUGCUGGGCUGGAACUGCCUGCGGGACCGGGCCACCUGCAGCGUGCUGCGCCCGCUGACCCAGGACAACGCGGCGGCGCUGGCGGUCACCUUCCUGCUGCUCUUCGCCCUCAUGCUGCAGCUCUACCUGCAGAUCUGCCGGGUCGCCUUCCGGCACGCCCAGCAGAUCGCCGUGCAGCACCAGUUCAUCGCCACGGCGCAAGCCACCUCCCCCCGCAAGGGGCUCGCCACCCUCUCCUUCAUCCUGGGCACCUUCGCCCUCUGCUGGAUCCCCUUCGCCAUCUACUCGCUGGUGGCGGAUUCCAGCUACCCCGCCGUCUACACCUACGCCCUGGCCCUGCCCGCCGCCUGUCACUCGCUCAUCAACCCGGUCAUUUACGCCUUCAGGAACCCGGACAUCCAGAAGUCCCUGUGGCUGGCCUGCUGCGGGUGCGUCCCUUCCACCUUCUCCUCCAGACCCAGGACAUCCAGCGAUGUAUAA